AUUUGUGUGGAUUUUGUAUUUAUUAUGAGGUAUAAGAUAAUUCUCUUCUGAACUAACAGAGGAUCCAACUUGGAACAAAUUCCAAGUUAUUUAUUGAUUCAAUCUAAACAUAUAAACCCGUUUUCUACGAUUCUAUAAAGCACUGCUGAUAACUCUAAGGAACCACCUUUUAUUAAUCCUCAACUAAAACAAUUUUUGUUUUUUUUGCCCCUAUGAAUAAAUAAAUCUAGCUCUUCUUUCGUUUUAAGAAAACCAUUUAAAAUAGAUAUCGUUUGAUUGACUCCACGUCAUUAGCAAGUCGAGAGAAAUCAGUCCUGUUAUUGGAGCUUCUAGCUUUUUGUCUUCCCGCCCAUAAGAGAUAGAGGAACAGAGCAUUCCUGGGAACGAGUUCAAGGCACUCGUUUGUAUUUUUUCAGCCUAAAAAUGAAACACGUGCCUUGUCUAAGCUUCUAUGAACCUGCGCUGAGAGAAUACUUACCCACUUCCAAUAAAACGGUUGUGUCAACAACUUCCUCAUGUAUUUAAUUUUCUAAUUAAAAUCGUAACGGAAAAAAAUUGACUCGAUGCAAACAUUUACCCAACACUGAUUUUUAAUUAGAGACCGCUACUCACAUUUUCAAUCCAUUUUUCUGAGAGGAGAACACAAGGCAACCAUUUAACAAAAAUGAGUUCGUUUUCUAUCAAACAGGUUCUACUCGUUUUCUUCUGCUACCAGAUAUUACAAGGAGAAGCCACUUGGCACAAACUAAAUUUUGGUCUUCCAGUUUGCUUUGAGGCCAGAAAUAACCGCCCUGGUUACGUCACCUAUCGAGGCUCGCAAGGCAUUUUGGUCGGUGCCUUGAAGCUUGUGCACAGGUCCGGCCAUGUGAGAUGCGUCUCGGAUGUCGCGUACAACAGUCGUUGGGGUUGCCAUGGUCACAGUUCUCUCAAGUCUUACCCGUUGAACGUGGUUGUCACUGAUAAGAAGAACAACCUAAUAUUUCCACUGCCGCAGUUUAUCAAGCUUAGUUCGAGUUUGUGGUACGAAAUGCCUGUGGUAGAUGACUUGCACUCGGACGAGCUUGUCUUCUCCAACUUCGACUUCCCACUGUAUCUCCAACCUCACAUGGAGCUCCGCGUUUGGUACGGCGAGGAUCUGAAGAAUUCGCAUGAAGGGGAUAACCAGGGCAGGGUCUGUGUAGACGUGUUUGGUUACGUCAUUGGAGACAUUGAAGGCGGUCAUGGGGGGUCUUCUGGAGGAAGGAGCUCACAAGCGCAGGCCCUGCUCAAAGACCUGAAAGAGAGCCUGGGGAACGUUAUGCAGAAAAAUUGGAAGUAAAAAAAAAAA